UACACCCUAGCAUACCGCAAUAAAUCGAUGACGUUAGAGCCACAGAAUUUAUUCAGGUCAAAGUUUGUGUUUGGAAUUUUAAAGAAAUACAUAAUCAGAAUAUUCGUUUCAAAUUGUUAAUAUAAAGAGGAAUAAAACGACAUAAAUUUUCUCAGUUCAAAUUUACAAUGUAAAGUACAAGAAAACAUUGAUACUUAGUUCACCUUUGUGGUGUAUAAAAGAAACCAUUAAUUUUCCCAUCUUCACCUUUGGAAUUUACAUAGCAAAAACCAUAGAUUUGUUAAGUUCACAUCUUGAAAAUUAUUGAGGAAACCAUAGAUUUUUUCUCAGUUCACUCUUGGAAUACAAAGGAAAUAGAUCACUUGUGGAAUAUACAAAUUUGUGGUUAUAUUGAAAGAUUAAACUGUUUAUUUCGUUCUUUAUAUAUAUUUUUGAGAAACCGAAUUUAUAUACUAAGCUCAUAUAAAUAAUAUUAAGAGUUAAACAUGUGAAUUUCCAAUAUUUUAGAGUUGGAAGUGAAACCAGAUUUGACAUACAAUUUCAUGUAAUUUUUUUCCGGUCCAGUGUAAAGUAACUGUACUCAAAUAGCGUUAUAGAAUAUUUGUAUUCUGCUUUGUUAUUAUUGUUUCCUAUCUGGACACUAUGCCAUCUAGUGAGCCAUGUUUAAAGAUAGGAAUGUCAUUAGCACUUCUAACAAUACCAGCGGCUAUUGUUGCCUUAGUGCUGCCAUGGUGGGCUUUUAGAGAAGACGAUUUCUUCGGUGAAUCAUGGAAAUUGAACAUUGGUCUGUGGAAAUGGUGCCAAAAGACCGUGGACAUCGAUGGCGAUUCUUCAACGGCAUGCCGAAGACAUACUUCCCCCGAAGGAUAUAUAGUUACGUCACGAUGUCUUUUGAUAUUUGCUCUGCUACUACAUGCACUAGGACUGGUGGCGGUGGUUGUUCAAAGAUGGUUUGUACAAGAGCUGAUACUUCUUACAGUGUUCGGACCUCUUCUUCUAUGUUUUGCAGGAUUGCUGGGCUGGGUAGCAACCGUGACCUAUGCAGAUAAAUAUGUCGAUACACCAGGCAACCAACCACGUGAUAUCCAUGCAGGAUGGGUGAUUUCCCUUACAACAUCAGGGUUCUGUUUCAUUUCGGGACUGUUGUUUGCCGGAAGACAAAUUUAUGAAAAAUGAUUUACUAAACACAGUUGCAAAAUUGUACCAGAUAAGGGCAAUAAUGCUUUCUUUGAAAUGUAUCUGGGACGUAGCACAGAACAUUAUUUGACAUCGACGUUAUCAUUACAGAAACUUAUAAAUUAUGUGUAUAUUUGUAGUCAAAAUGCUAAAAAAAUAUUCUCCUGAACACACCAUUUUGUUAAGUCGACACGUUCUCUGUGUAUUGAGAAAUGUAUAACUCUUCUGACUUACGGCUUAGUGAAACUCCAGGGUAUAAUUGUCACUGUGCCUCUGCUUAGACAAACAAAAGGCAUUUAGAUUGCCU